UCCCCGAGAUCGCAGCGCACUCGGCGGCGUGCAGUUGUCCAGUGCGCGGCCGACUAGAGCGAAGAAAGGGUCUCGGGAGCGCGCUCGAAGCGCGCGCGCGCUCUCUCAGUUCCCGCGGACGCGAACGAGCGUAGGCCGCGCCGAAAGUUCCUCGCCUCUUCUCCACUCCUUCUGCUCAGCGCUGGUCGCACUUUCUCCUCUGGAAAAAUAAGACACAAAACGAAAAGAAACUCUUGGUGUUUCCACUUGGCGUGUCGGAGGCCCACACCCAGAGCGCCCGCGACCACAACCCCUCGGUGCCCCCUCUUCGAGCGCCGGAAUCUAACAGGUUGCAGCUGCGGCUUUCCUGGAGCGCAUUCGUCGGCCCCGUGCGGACCAUUCCCUGCCGCAGCGCUGCUGACUUUCGUCUCAUAUAGGCGAGUCAUCGACGCAGUUGCAACCUAAAGGUUUCUUCCGACUGGUCAACACAUCUGUUUGGCGUUGUACCCUAUCUCCGUGCGAUGCCCUGAGCGUUGGACCAGAAACCCCCAUUAUAGUGCGUGUGGAUCUUCGGACUCAAGGAUAUUGAAGACUCUGUGCAUUCAAGGUCGUGUCAUUCUUUCGCCAUAGCUUCAAAGCUGGCCGCGAUGGAGCGGCUUCGGAGGAGACGGCUCUUCACGAGAUAGCGCUGACGCAUGACAACGCUUCAGAAAGAGAAGGGCCUGCCAAGCCGUACUUUUCUUCAUGACAAAGGUGGAUGAAGACAUCAUAAUGGAUUACGACAGUGAACUCAUGGACAACUUCACCAACCUGACGGAUGGUUUCAACCACACCCAUCUAAUUCCGCCGGCUGAACAGAUCCCCAUGUUAGUGAACCUUACUAAUCGAGGUCCACCGAUCGAGUUCGCCUUGCCGCUGCUCGGAUACGCCAUGCCAGCGCUCUUGGUGGUGACUAUAAUUGCCAACACAUUUGUUGUGGUCGUGCUGGCGCAGCGUCACAUGCGGACGCCCACAAAUAUCGUCCUGUUGGGAAUGGCCGUCUGCGACAUGAUGACACUCCUGAUUCCAUCUCCGUGGUUCUUCUACAUUUACACCUUGGGGAACUACGCCACCGUGCUCGGUCCUUCGUCUACGUGCUACGCCUACAACAGCAUGAACGAGGUGAUCCCAAACGCCUUUCACACGGCCUCUGUCUGGCUGACGCUAGUGCUGGCUGGACAGCGUUACUUCUACGUCUGCCACCCGACCACAGCGGUCACCUGGUGCACCGUGCCACGCGUCCUGCGAACAGUGUGCUGGGUUGGCUUUGUCGCAUUCGCACACCAGCUCCCGCGCUUCCUCGACACUGUGUUCGUAGACGUGCGCUUCUAUUGGCGCGGCGAAGUGCACUGGGGCUGCCAGAUGCUGGUCGCUGAUUGGGUCACGCAGAUCUUCACUGCAAAGGCUUAUUUCAUCGCCUACUACGCCUUCAAGGUCAUCUUCGUCAAUAUAGGGCCCUGCACCGUGCUCGUGGUGCUCAACAUCCUACUGUUCCGCGCCCUCAAGCGCGCUCAGGAGAAGCGCGCCAAGCUGCUCAAGGAGAACCGCAAGAGCGAGUGCAGGAAGCUUCGUGACAGCAACUGCACCACCAUGAUGCUAAUCGUCGUGGUGACCGUGUUCCUGGCUGUCGAGAUACCACUCGCCGUGACCAUCGUGCUGCACGUGCUGAUAAACGCGUUCAGAGUGCAACUUGUCUCGUACUACGUUCUCAACAUUACGCUGCUCUUCACCAACUUCUUCCUCAUGCUGAGCUACCCGGUGAACUUCGCCAUCUACUGUGGUAUGAGCAAGCAAUUUCGGAAGACGUUCAAGGAUCUCUUCAUUAUGGGCACGUUCGUCAACAAGACCCAGGGUUCAUCGCGUUACUCGCUGGUCAACGGACCCCGCACGGUGACGAAUGAGACCAUACUGUGAGAUGAACGUCGGACGAUGUAACCGGAGAAUGCCGCGAACGGGAUAUGUUUUCGCGUGUCAGUGUGGGUUGGUUGAUGUGGACUGAAUGCCGCACAUUCGUUCAUUUCGCUUCGGUGAAAAGAAGCGUGGUCACCUAUGCUGCUCCUUCGACGAUAGCGGUAACAGAUGGGUGCUAACGAUGCAUUGCGCAGUUCAGUUGAAAGAUGUGCGUUUAGUGCUAUUUUUCUUAAGCUGGCGGCAGAACGGUGUGAGUUUAAAGGCUUGGUGCAAGUAAAGUUUAAGUUCCAGCUGCUGUUUCAACAGAUAGGAAGGCAGUACUACUUGUGUCUAAACUCCUACGCUGUGUCGUUUUCUUCCAUUUCCUUACAUUCCCUAUUAUGAGCCCCAUGGCCUCAUAGCCAGUAAUCACCUACAAGCAUUGAAAUGAUAAACGUUUCCGUAUAAGAUACCUAAUAUCUACAUGCGUUCAAUAAAUGGGGAGCGUAAGGUCCAUCAAUUUUCUUUUUAGCAGGACUCUAUAAGCACCAUGUUCAAUACAAGACAGGGCUUAUAAACUUACGCGACUGAUGACGUCAUCUUGUGUGUACGAAAAUAAAUUUUGUAGUCGCAAGCGCUAGAGAGAGAGAGAGAGAGAGAGCUGUUAUACACGAAUACUGAGAUAAGAAAGCAUGGUGUUCACACUUCUAAAAAUUAAUCCGCACAUUCUAUGGGAAGUCAUUACGUAAUAUACGUAGAAUAACCGAUUACAUCGCACUUCAUCUUUAACCAAAAUGUGCUUGUAGAGUGAAAUCUCGUACUCAUUUCAUCGUGCACUUGCCCAAUACAUUGUCUCAAGCAUACUAAAAUAGAUUUGUCAUCUCCGCUGCGGAGAAAAGAAAGCCACAAUUCUGGAAAAAAUAUAUACAUUUUGAAUUUCUGUUUGCCACUUUAUAAUGGCUUGUUAGCCGGGAACACUGUUCACGGGUUAGAAUUUGCAGCCUCUCUUCUUAAGCCUUACACCAUAUUUCGAAAAUAAAAAUCGAAGAGUACUUCCACUCAACUGCGCAGCAGCGUUUGUGGUGUGCUGGUUAUUACAACUUGAGGGCAUAAAGGCGGACUUUACUUUUCAAGGGCAGCCGACCACAAAGAAUAUUAUGACUCUCAGCCAGGAGUGGAGCUUUGAGACGUGCUCAACACGCGGUUCUUUUUUUUUUCCUUCCAGAGUACUGAGCGCUCAGUUAUUCCUUUCGGAACAUGAGAAGCUACUAGCAGUUUAAGAGUAUAAAGUUAUCUAUACCACCGUAUAUUUCCUCUGCCACGGCAAGAUAACCUGCGCGUUCGCUCAACUGUACAGAAUUAAGCUGAGGAUGAUUCCCUCUUCGCUGGCCCUAGAUGUUUUAGACAAAACGCGUAACAUUCUGUCCUAUUAAGAUGUUAAAAAGUGUUCACCGUGUUCACAAGUUCAGCUAUUGUAGCGAAAGAGGAUGUCAUAUCAUUCACUUCUUGUUAAAGUCUUGUUGGAAAAGCCGCUUCACCGUAAUCACACCCAUACGACUUUGGCAUGUUUUCCAAGGACACAGUUACAAGACAUGUUAUUUUUCUCAUUUCUUGCCAAACAUCAGCGUGUUCACUUUUGUGCCAUGACAGCGGUUGUUUUUCUGGAGACAUGUGGUUUGUGCACUGCAAGAAGCUGGUGACAAAGCAACACUUCACGUUUCUUGAAUUCAUGUUUUAAAGUAAGCUUAACAAGUUACAAUGCUCGAAAGUAAAGAAAUCACUGCAUAUUGUGAAUCCCUUAACACCAAGAAUUAAUUCUCAAAGGAAACACUACCUUCUUCAUAGCAUGUUGUCAAAAACUCACCUGUGUCUGAACUGACAGAUCAAUAGACGGUGACGGAUGGCCUCACGCUCGCUACGUCAUUAGAGCAAAAAAAAAUAAAUAAAUAAAAACUGAUGUCCCUCCUGGGCCGCAAGCUUAACGUGUGUUAGGCGCUGCUUUUACAUCAUUAUCGCGGAGCCACUACCAUAAAUUUCACAAAUUCGAAUGUGCAUGAUAAUUGCUCGUACUUUAUGCAAAAUAUUGUAAAUUGUUUCUUAGCAUUUUAGCGCCUAAAACGUGGCUGAUAAAGGCAGAUCGGCAGCUUUGAAAGUCUGCGCUCAGCACAUCGUAAUUAGGAGUAACUCGUCGGCUUUUCUUAAUGCAUUUUAAUUAUCUAUACAGCUGCCACGUACUUUUGCUUGCAUUUACUGCUUGACGAAAGAAGCAUAGACACCCGAAGCGGGGCUAUUAUAUGAGUUCCCGUCCCAUCGCAGGUAAGCUAGCGUCGCUAACAGCGGGAACUAAAACGUUUAACUCGUAGGUACACCAUGGACACCACUUGGAGCAUUUGCAGUGAAUCAAGUCUUCAAUCCGCACAAAGCAUGACGAGUGGUGCCUUUCAGCGGUCACAUACAUUUGUUUCAGAUGAUCAAGCGGUCAUAUUUGAAUUGCCCCAUUCAAACCCAUGAAACUUUCACAGCCUGCAGUGGCGCCACAAUGUUAUCCACAAAGCCCUCCCUAAAUGUGUACAUUCCGUCAUUGUCUGUGCGCGACCAGUGUUGUCGCCGUUUGUGUUGUUAAUGUGUCUGUGACAGAAAAAAAAAUGAACUUCUUGAAAUGUUGGCCAAUGCGCUUGUAUCAUACAAUGGAAGCUGUACUGUAAUAUAAGCAUGACAAGAAUAAAGCAUUGUUUGUUGAUUCCUAUCAA